UCGAUCUAUCCUUCACGGUCUUGAACUCCGCGAGUGUCCUAUCAGUGGUUAACCACCGAGAUACGCCAUAGACGUCCCUUGGGGGUAACGGCGAUCAUCGACGCGUCGCACGGUCGGGACCAAGUAGAUCUUUGCUGGCAGAUAAGACUCGAGGAACACUCGAACGGAGAUCAAGGAACACGAUACGCGAGCAAAGAUGGAGAUCGCGUUGUUUUAGCGUCGGAUGGGAAGAAUCAUUUCGGAUUCGUAGCGGUGUUUCCUUGUUCAUCCGGGGAGGUUCAAGUCCCAUCGAUCGACGAAUUUGUUCUAUUCCGAGCGAAGGGACGAACGGCGACGACGAUUUCGGUGAGAGCGUGGCUGUGUUUGAUGAAUCUGUCGCGAGCCUGCCUAGUUAUGUUCUCGAUCGAGUACAGCAAACAGUUCCUGAGCUACCGUAUACUCAAGUCCAACCGAUUCAAAUAUAUCUGACGAUACGGACUCGGACCUCAGUGACAAAAGGGUGCGCGCGCUAAGGGCGAUUGUGUGUAUGUGAGCGUACUGUGUUACCGUGGGCGACUUGUUGCUAUCGGUGCUCAGGGAAAUCGUGGAGAUCGAGAGAAGGGAAAGAGGCUCCUGAGCUGGCAAGACCUGGAACGUCUUGUUCGCGAUCGUUACCGAUACACGUAUCGCUUCCUCCGUCGAACACAGCCCGAGGAAACGAGGGGGAGGAACGGUGUCUUCGAAAGUCUUCGGUAAGACCAAGGUUUCGAGGGCACGAGACGGAAUCGUCAUCGAAACCGAAUGCUCCGCGACUGAAACCGAUUUGCCGAAACGCAAAAUAACAAAUAAAGAAACAAAAAGACCUCGGCAAGCUAACCUCUGAGAUUUCAUAAGUGGACGAAGAAGCCGCGGAGAGCGACCCGAGCGAAGCUUUAAACCUUUCAGCGAUACGAUCGGGCAAAGAGAACACGAAAUCCGCUCGUAAAUUCCUCUCGUCCUCUCUUCGCUGGAGGAGAACACGGCCACCGAGUUUCCACGAUUCUAUUAUCGGGGUAUUAAACGGGCUAAUUAAAACGAGCGUCCAAUUAAGAGGACCGAUCGCGGGGAAAUUUGCACGUCUUUGGUCGAAUUAGCUGGGUCGAAAAAGAAACGAACAACCAAACGGGGAAUAAAGAUGAUCGUUCACGUUCCGGGUAGAAUGCCAAACCACGUUGGUCCGUACGGCGCCGCUCGUUACCCGGGCACCCUGCUAGGAGCGGUCCCGGGUUUUUACAGCCCGAUUUCCGGUUAUUCGACCAGCCCGAACUCCAACUACUACGGGAGUCUCAGCCUUCGUCAACAGCCGACGCUGGACCUUCCGGUUUGGCCGCGAAGGAUGCCGGUCGAGGAGGAACUCGGAACAACAUCUCCGUCGGCCGCGUUGCCAGGACUAGCCGUCAUCCCUGGCGGCCUGGCGAACGGUGGUCCACCUAGUCCUGCGCACAGCGACUCCGACGCCUCCAGUUCCAGCUUGGAACUCGGCUCCAUUCGACGCGGGGAGAACGCCCAACUAAAAUGCAGAUGGCAAAAUUGUGGUCGAUGGUUCACGUCCUUGGAACAACUGGCAGGACACGUCGCGCGACUCCAUGCCGCGCCGGGACCACGAGGACUCUUUUAUUGUGGAUGGGAAGGAUGCGCGAGAGGUGAACGAGGUUUCAAUGCCAGAUACAAGAUGCUGGUCCACGUCCGAACGCACACGAACGAGAAACCGCACCACUGUUUCCAAUGCGACAAAAGUUUCAGCCGAGCGGAGAACCUGAAAAUCCACGCUCGUUCUCAUACUGGCGAACGGCCGUACGUCUGUCCCGUUGAAGGUUGCAACAAGGCUUAUUCCAACUCCUCGGACAGGUUCAAGCACACCAGGACCCACGCCGUGGACAAACCGUAUUGUUGCAAGGUCCCGGGUUGCCCGAAGAGGUACACGGAUCCCUCGUCGUUGCGCAAGCACGUUAAAACGUACAGACACUACGUGAACAAUAACGACAAAGUUCAGGAGAAGAGUUUCGACGAGAACAAUUCCCAGGAGAAGACGAGGUUCGAUGUCACCUCGCCGGAGAAACAGAGCAGCAGCACUCAUUCCGAAUCGGAUAAGAAGGACAGCAGCAUCGAGAGCAGCAUAUCGGGGUCGAGCCCAAAGAUCAGCUACAGUUUCGAAGAGCAAAGAAACUUCGUCGAAUGGAACAACAUGUAUAAUUUGCAAGAACAAUGCAAAGAACAGGAUCAAAUCAUGCCGAGGAAACCAUACGAGCAGGACGCGAAGAUCUAUACGAGGAUCUACGAUGAGAGCUACAUAUUACCUGAUAAGAUUCAAGCGAAUCCUAUGUACGUUACCAAUAACGUGAUCAUCGGCGAGAGUCAACCGAUUAGAUCGCCUCAAACCAGUCCUCGUCAUGUUUCCGACUCUUUGUCGUCUUGCAUUGGACAAUCGACGCCUAUAAAGACCGAGGAGCCCGUCGAACACUCGAGUAAAGUUUGUACCGUCGACUACAGGAACAUCGAGUCGAUCGUCAACAGCACGCCCUGCAAGAAGGAGAGCAACGCGAUGGUCUGCGAGCAGACGAGGAAUUCUGUGAUAAAACGAGCGGACGAUAUCAAGAUGGAGGUCGAGCAAACACCUAUCAAAGAGGAGGUCUGUAGCGAUGCAAACGAUUGUUGCUGUCGUCGCAAGUGUUGCGUGCACAGCAACGACAACAUCCUCGAGAAGACGAAGAUCCUCUCGGACCUGAUCCUCAAGGCGCAAAAUCCUCUCUUCAGACACCUGCUAGGCACGGUAGAUCUGCAAUACGGGCUGCAAAACGUAUGGGGCAACAUCGUGGACACGAACAACAGCUGCGGACAAGAUCUUCGGGUAAAAAAUGAGAAUGUCGUCGAAAUGGAGCAAGAUCUUCCCCUGGAUCUGACGGUCAAUAAGUAACGAAAUGUCCGUGACGUUGCGCCAAGCGUCGCGUAGCCUGAUCUAGGAUCGACUAUCGAUCGCCUACGUCCUUUUCCAUGAGUCGAGGAGUCACGUUUCAGAUUCCGUGGCUGGUAUCUCAAGCUACCUGCCGUGGCCGGUGUUAAACGUUCUCGAGGUCGUCCUGGAAUCGAUACCUUUUUUCUUGGCACGCGAACAAAAAUAUUACUCAAACCGUACGUAUUUCGAUACCGGCAGGACGAUCUCGAGCGUUCGCGAAUUGCCUUGAAUUCUGCUCGGGCCACGGUUGGUUUUUGCGUCCCACGAUUCGAGUCAUUAGACGCAUACGUUUCGAGGAUGUAUCGAAUGUUUGAGAACCGGUACUAUUAGAGACAAAAUUUACUCGAUCUUUGCAUACCAAUUACUCGGGACCAAAGUGGAUGAUAGAGUUCGAUAUCGAUGAAACGCACCGGUGAAAAGAAAGAUUGAUCUUAACGAGGAAGUUGUCCGUUUUGAUUAGACUGCGAAACCAAAUAUAUCGUAAUACGUUGUAAUAGCCGUCGACGAAGAAAGAGUUUGGGAACCGAACAAGAUUUGCUCAAUCUUAAUGUGUUGUAUGUGCCCGACGAAAGUCCGAUGUAACGUUAUGGUAGGAAAAACCUCUGUAUAAUAAGGCCUUUGAGAGAUGACGCGCGAUCGAGAGUAACCGGAUAUUUUAUACUAAACGCCUAUGUAUAAUAUGUAUAUAAAGAUAUAUUACGUAUAAGAUAUAGUCAUCCAAAAAGUUACGAUGUAUGGAGGAAAUUAUGUGCGUUUCUGAUGAAGUGUGUGUUUAACGACAUGAACCUAUUCAAUAAAAGCACAUUAUUUAUGUAAAAA